UCUACGGAAGGCAGUCAGCCAGUCAGGAACAUAAGUAUAUAUCAUUUAGAAGGAGGAGGAGCAGCAUAUAUGCAGAGCUAGAGAAGCCGUGGGGGAUCAGACACAAUCGAAGAAGAUGGCCAGCAGCGGCGUUGCCAGGGCUCAAAUGGUAAAGGAAAUGCAGAGUCCCAUGGCAGGGGGCUUCUAUACUAUGCUCGUCUUGGACGAUCCGGAAGGUUUUAGCAGCGGCAGUGAUCCAACCUCGUCUGGCGAAACAGAUAGCGAAGGGAACAGUAGCCCUGAUCCUCAGGCUAGCAAGUACAGUCUACUGGCUGGAGAUUCGGACAAUGAGCUGGAAGAAGUGGAAAUCUUCUGUGAGGAGACCAUCUCCCUGCUGGCCCAUGAGAUUCUCUGCUGUGAGGGUGAUAGCGAUUCGGAAACGGAGACCGACGAAGAGGAGACUCAGCUGGAGGGGGUACUUGAGUAUGGACUGUUUAAUCCCUAUCAGCUUAUUUUGAGCGAGGAGGAGGAUGGGAAUCAGAAUGGGAGUUCAGUGGAGGAAGAGGAACAGGAGGUUAGCUUGUUGAUGGCCAGUGAGGUAGACUUUUUGAUGGAAGAGGAUCAGCAGAGCGAGGAGAAGAAAGAGGCUAAUAAGGUGGGAUGCUGCUUUUAGAGAGUCUUUAAAGGGUCCUUAACUCAGCCACUUUAUGAAUUAUAAAUAAA